UAUACAAGUCCCAUAUGAUGUCCUUAGCUUUAGCUCUGAUAUGGCAACUAUUCCUCAUGUCCCAGCUGCCUUUGACGAAUACCAAGAGUAUUUCCAUUACUCCAAAACAGCAGCAGUCUAUCGGUGGCAUCAACAAAUCUACGAGUAACACCUCGAUCCUCGAUGCAGGCGACCAGAAGAAGAACACCACUAGUCUUACAGCAUCCGGUCCUGGUUCCCCUUCUGUUAUAUCUGCUACUCCUUCUACUACCCCUUCUCAAUCAUCGCCAUCCGCCGUGAAGCAUAUCCGGCGGAGCAAGCGUUCAACUCUGAUGGAUAUACCAUUCGAUUUUAAUACGAAACAUCUGCCCUGCGACGUGGAUGUGGGCAAUGCUGUUUCGAUCGUUGAUAAUUUUGAGUCUCACUGCGUUUGGGCAUAUAACAACAAGCAUGCCCAUGAGGGAACCUGGCGUGUCUGGCAGAUCUAUAAAUUGGAGGGAUUCUUUUUUGGUCAGUACCACGAGCGCUUGAAGCGCUACGAAAUCGAUCCCCACGGCUAUGUUUGGCCAAAAGACCCAUAGAUACACUGCAAAUGUUUGUAUGGUCAAUUAAAUUAUCCGUUUGGACUUAAUGUA